AUGGCUCUCUGCGCAGCCUGCACCGCCAUCAGCAUCCCGGCCCUGACUGCUGAGGUCGACGACCCGCCUGCCUGGCUGCCCCGGCCGGGCGAGUCGUCCAGCGUCACGGGCAUGGUCCACCUCCACGACGCUCGUCAGCUCCCGCGCUCCGCUGCCGCCUGCUCGUUCUGUGCGCUGAUCGCGGCCUCCGUCCUGCAAAACCACUGCGCCAGCCAUCUGACUUCAGACGAGCCGCCGUCCUGGGUCGAGGCUGAGCUGGACAGCCGUGUCGCCGCCGGGCCAGUGUACCUCCAGCUGAGGAGGAAUGGCGUCGGCCGCCUGCCGCGCGAGCGCCCGAACGCCCACCUGGAGCUGCUCGGCAAGGCGCUGGCCGUGUUCUUGCCCGGGGUCGAUGGUGUUGCUCUGCGAGGCCGAAUCCGUUUGUACGCGCAGCCAGACAGCCCCGCCUUCACAAGCGGCGACGUCCUGUGCGGGCCUCCGCUGCCCUCGUCUGAUUGUCCCGAGGCGUUCCGCAUGACGCGCGAAUGGCUGAGCACCUGCUUGAAUUUUCACCCGAGCUGCAGGCGUACGUUGUCAAAGUCGACCCUCGAUGAGACAGCCGAGCCCGUCCUGCCCACCCGCGUCAUCGACGUUGCACCGCCCGAUGGAUCGGCGAACGUCCGCUUGAUCCAAUCCAUGGGUGACUGUGGCCGAUAUGUGACACUCAGCCAUUGCUGGGGCCCGCAGUCUAAACACCCUCUCACCACCACCACAGCCACCUUGCCACAGCAUCUGACAGAGAUCCCCUGGCACCGCCUGCCCAAGACCUUCCGCGACGCCAUCACCGUCGUAAGAUCGCUGGGUCUCCGCUAUAUUUGGAUCGACUCGCUGUGCAUCGUGCAGGACGAUCAUGAUGAUUGGCUGCGCGAGUCCGAGCAGAUGGGCAUGAUCUACGAGCGAGCUGUGCUGACCAUUGCAGCAUGCCAUGCCAGAGACUGCACCGAAGGCUGCUUCUUCGAGAGACCUCCCAAUCGCCCCGCUGUGCAACUGCCCUACUGGAACUCCCAGGGACAGCAGGACGGUCACAUCUACGGCACGCUACUGCCCGUGAAUUACUUUUCCAUCAGCCCAGAAUUCAGCCCUUUGUCCGAGAGAGCGUGGGCGACUCAGUAG